AUGGUCCUCAGAAAGUUUAGCUCGGAUGGGCUGGACAGCCUGUGUACCCGUGAACAGCUCGAUCUCUUGAACGCCAUAGACACGCUACGUUCCCAGGGGAUCAGCCACUAUGUGUCUCUGCCGCAAAUAAUUGUCUGCGGCGACCAGUCCUCAGGAAAGAGCUCUGUUCUUGAGGCAAUAUCCGGUGUCUCCUUUCCCGUUAAGAGCAAUCUCUGCACACGGUUCCCAACGGAGCUCGUACUCCGGAAGGAUGCCAAUGUCGGAGUGAGAGUAUCUAUCGUACCCCAUCACUCGCGUAGCGAGGCGGAACAACGGUCACUGGGGAGUUUCUGCGAAGAGCUCGACGGCUUCGAUGGACUUCCGCAACUAGUCGAUAACGCGAAAGCAGCGAUGGGCAUAUCUACUCAUGGGAAAGCCUUCUCGAAUGAUCUUCUCCGUAUUGAAGUAUCAGGACCAGAUCGACCGCACUUGACUAUUGUUGACCUACCGGGACUGAUACACUCGGAGACAAAACAGCAAUCAGCAGCAGAUGUCCAGCUAGUGCAGAAUGUGGUCCAGUCAUAUAUGAAAGAACCGCGAAGUGUCAUUCUUGCAGUGAUAUCGGCCAAAAAUGAUUACGCAAACCAAAUUGUCUUACGCCUGGCAAGGGAUGCUGAUAAAUCGGGCGAUCGAACCUUGGGUGUUAUCACUAAGCCCGAUACAUUGGCCCCGAAUUCCGAAAGUGAGAAGAUGUUCAUUUCACUGGCAAACAACCGAGACGUUGAAUUUCGGCUGGGAUGGCAUACGCUGAGAAACAUGGAUAGUGAUAAAGGAAGCUGGACCCUGUCCGACCGUGAUGAAAAAGAGCGCGAGUUCUUUUCCCAAGGUGCAUGGGCGGAGAUGCCGUCUGCAUGGGUUGGAAUUAACUCACUGCGAAACCGCCUUAGCAAGGUGCUUCUGCGGCAAAUUGCAGCGGAGCUUCCAAGUCUUAUUGAUGAAAUCAAGGAAAAGGAAAAUGAUUGCAAUCAACAACUGUUCAAACUUGGUCAGCCGCGAACCACGCUAGAUGAGCAAAAGUCUUAUCUUCUGGGUAUCAGUCAAUCCUUUCAGGCCUUAAUCAAAGCGGCUGUCGAUGGCACGUACAAUGAGCCAUUCUUCGAGCGCCCCCAAUCCUCUACUGGGCAACAAAAGCGUAUCCGUUCUGUUAUUCAAAAUCUGAAUGAAGAGUUUGCGGAGCGUCUAAAUAGACAAGGCAACUACCGCAAGAUUGUGGAUAAUGAGUCUCAAGAUGACAGCGACAACGAGCAACUGUUGAUUACAAGAAGCGAGUUUAUCAAUCACAUCCAGGAGCUCAUGAAACAAACCAGGGGUCGGGAAUUGCCAGGAACGUUCAAUCCUAUGAUUAUCGGGGAGCUUUUCAAGGAGCAGUGUAGCCCCUGGAAAGAUAUAACAUAUCGGCAUAUCCUUGAGACCUGGGAGGCGGUUGAGGGAUUUCUAUCGCUUCUCACAAACUAUGUUGCCGAUGAAGCCACUUCUGUGAUCCUUUUUGACAAGGUCAUCUCGCCUGCACUCAAUCAGCUCAAAGAGAGUCUGAUAAAAGCAUGUGAAGAUCUAGUUGGGAGUCACCAGCAAGGUCAUCCAAUAACAUAUAAUCACUAUUUCACAGAGAACAUACAGAAUAUCCGUGCGGAUAGACGCGAAGUUGCUUUACGUCGAACAAUUAAGAAGUUCUUCAAGACUGAAGACCUACGAGAGACGUAUCUCGAAGGGUAUCAGGAUCUGGAAGGGUUGGUUCAGUCCCUUUUGUCUUUUGAUGAGCCGGAUAUGAUGCGGUUUGCAUCAGCCGAAGCUUUGGAUUGCAUGCUGGCUUAUUACAAGGUGGCAUUGAAAAGAUUCAUAGAUGACGUUGCAGUUGAAGUUGUGGAGGUCAAACUGGUCCAAUCUCUCCCCAGUCUAUUUACACCCCUCAAGGUAUUCGAGAUGCCAUCUGAGCUAGUAUCACGCAUUGCCGGAGAAUCUGACGAAAAUCGUGCAUUGCGGCAACAAUUGGACAAGAAGUUGCGAAUUCUCGAGAAAGGCCUAAGGACUUGCCGACAAUUUGCUAGUGAUCGCGGCGUGGUUGGGAAUGGCAUCAAAGAAACGCGUCAUCUGGAUGGCAGGGCAGGACAAGCGAAUGCUCUUGAAACACCUCAAACAGAGGCCGAGGAUGAUAGCCACCCAGAAGAUGCUGAUUCAGUUGCUGAAGCAUCUAUUUCAAUGGACCAACCCCCGGAACCUAGCGAUGACUACGGCGGGCCAGCAGAAGACUCGCCGUCAUUUGUGGAAGACAGCACUCUUCCGCCUGAAACUAUCAUCCCAGAACACAGGGUAUCCGCCUCAUUAGUACGCUCCAAGAAAGGCAAGAGGAAGACGAAGAAGAAGAAGAUGUAUUCUUAA